AUGCCGCGGUCGUCUGACAGGCAACCCCGAGGAGGCGCCAAAGCCGCCUCCCAGAGGGGCGGGAGGAAAUCUGAAGCGCCACACACCCGGAGGACGCCGAGCGCCUGGAGACAGGUGGAGACCCGAGUGUCGGCGGCCGGGAGUCCGCGCAGAGGCAGCCCAACAAAAGCGGCUCUGAAACCACCGCCCCGCGCCCCGCUCAUCCCAAGGAACGCCAACAAGCCAAGAAGGCGUGUGUCAACCCAGCAGCCGCGCGAAGCAUGCAAAGUGGACAGCAGUUUAAUUUUCCAAAAGAACAAAACAGAACGCGACAACGGCGAGCUCUCUUACUGCAUAUACCCCCGCGAUCCGAGCGGUCACGCCGGGCACUCAGCCGCGAAGGACCCGCACCUGCCGCGUCCCCCGGGGCGGGCGUCCACGAGGGGCGGCCUCACCUGUUCUCUGCGCCGCCGCCGCCCCGGCGGACCUGACCUCAGGGUUCAGUUUCCUCCUCAUGCUGAGAUGCUGUCCGCGCCUCCAUGCGCUUUUCCUCCCCUCCCGGCCUCGCGUGACAGAUCCCGUCGGACCCUGAGACCGAGCGGGGCUCGGGCCGCCUCGGGUUGGGGAGACGUCCGCCGCCCCUGGCCGGGACUCCCCUCCUCCCGGUUUCCACGCGGCCCGCGUCACAAAAGGCUCGUCAGCGGCGCACGGGACCCUACACGUCGCAGCCCGUCCUGCUUCUCCGCGCCAGUCAGGAGCGCCGCCCGGGCGGCGCGGAGCGGCCACGACGCGCCGGCGGGAGGGACGCGGGCCCGGCGUUCCAGGUUCGGAGCCCGCAGGCUCCCCGGCGCUGGUCAGCCAAGCGUCGUCCCUGCCCGCAGAGGGUCAUAA